GAGUGAGAUGGUUAUAUUUAGAGAGAGGGUGGAGAAUUAGGAGUGAGAGGGAAGGCAUUGGAUUACAUUGAAGUGGCAGGUGGGGAGAGGAAAGCAGGUCAAAUUUAGAAAUUAGGAGAAUGGGUGUGAGAAAGAGACAUAGAGAUGGGGGAGGAGAGAAAGACAGACAGACUAGUAAAGAGAGAGAAAGCAUCGUAUCUGACCGCAUGGUUGUACCUCAGUUGAUAACAUCUUAAUGUAAUUUUAAGUUGACCACUUUCUCUCCUCUGAUAUGUUAAAGGUGUUAUUCCUCUUCGCAGCUUCUCUGCUCAUCAUUGAUGUCUCCACAGCCCCCAAUCUACAAAUUGUGAAUGGUUUUGCAGCCAAACGGUGUGAGUUCCCUUCAGUUGUUCAUUUAAUGAUUACGGAUCAAUCAGAUGAGGGGGAAAACAACAGCCGGUGUGCUGCCACCAUUAUUGACUCCACCCAUCUCCUGACAGCAGCUCAUUGUCUCGAAGAUGGUGACCCCAGCAUCAAGAUCAGUAUUGGUUCCGUGGUUGAAGAAGAGACAGUUGAAUCUUUAAACACAUCGUCAUUCAUUGUUCAUGAGAAUUACACAAGAACUAAUACUUUCAUCUUUAAUGACAUUGCCAUUGUCAUCCUGCACCAGCCGAUAAACUUCACAAAAUGUGUCAAAGCAGCAAAAAUUGCCGAGAAAAAUGCAACAUUUGACAACAGGACGUGUGAGACCAUUGGUUGGGGAAGAACAAAAUUAAAUGGGCCAGCAUCGAAGAUUCUUCUCAAAACGAAACUGACCAGCAUCUCUUUUGAGACCUGUUUAAAUCAAUCACAGUUGAUCAUCUUACCUGGUUUUAUAUGUGCUGGAGAUUUUAAACCCGGUGGAGCUCAUACAUGCUAUGGCGAUUCCGGUGGGCCUCUUUAUUGUCCAGAUGCCAAUGGGGACAUGGUUUUGGCUGGAAUAACAUCGUUUGGAGUUGAUUGCUACAGUGAUAUCAAUGUGUUCAGCAGUAUUGCUUUCCAUUCUGACUGGAUAAUGGAGCAUAUGAAUUGAGAGAUUCAUAUGAAAGGAGCCAACCAGAAAACACCGAGAGGAAGGAUACACUGGAGAAUAUGACCUUCGAUAUAUUGUGCAGGCAAAAGAGAAAACCUAAUAAAGACAGGAUGGUAACAGCUGGAAUGGGAUUUGAUCAGAGGUUCAUGUCAUCAGAGAGAGUCAAGGUCAAAUAAUAACUUUAAUAUCAGAUACGACAAAUAGUUUUCCACAAUUCUCUUUUGUUCUCCCUCCUCCCCCCUCUCUCUCUUUCAUUCUCUCACAUUUCUGUUUGCAUCAAUAAAUUUUAAUUCGUUGAAUCUUU